AUGGAAGAUAAUAUUGUACGCUUGAAUUAUAACGAUAUGCGUUACAGAUAUAGAUUUCUACAUGAAUUUUCUUAUUGGGAGGAAUGCAUACAGAACAAAAACAGAGACGAUUAUGGAACUACCUACAAUAGCUAUUGUUCUUCUAUGAAGGAUGUAUAUAAAGGCAACAAUGAAACCGUAUUUAUUAAUGAAAUAUGCCCCAAAUCUUUUUCAUAUUUUUUUGAUAUGUAUUUUUCAGGAAAUUAUGCUAAUUAUAGAGAAGCAGGAUGUAGAUAUUUCCUUUAUUGGUUGUAUCAUAUUAUGAAAAAACAUAAUUGCAGUAACGAUACAGUAGAGAUUUACAAAACAUUGAUAAACAAAUUUGUCCAUAUUUAUGGUCCUACAACAUCAUAUUGUACUGAUUAUAUGAAUAAAUUAAAAAACGAACAAUUGGAAGAUCUUAUAUUUUUAUAUAAUACCUAUAAAUGCGUUAAAAACAUACAAACACAUGAUGUAUCUCAGGAUAACAGGGAAUAUUGCGAUAUAUUAAAAAAAAUUAUAAAUGAAAAUCCAACACCAAUAGUGCAAAGAGUUUGUGACAUGGCUGAAUCACAAAAAUCAUCAACUAAAAAAAAUAAUAUACAAGAAAUAGAAUGCUCUUGUCGAUCAAAUAUUUUAAAUACUAUUGCAACUACAAUAAUUAUAACGCUAUUAAUAUUGUUUUUCUUAUUAUUUUUGUUUAAGUAUACUUCAUAUGGUUCAUUAUUGCGCCAAAGAAUAAAAUGGAUAAGAAAAAAGCUUGAUAAUAUUUCUAAUAUAAGGAAUACAAUGAAACCAAUCGAAGUACCCACAAAUAUUUUCAACAGUAGGAUCUAUGAUAUGCUGUAUAAUCAAUCCUAA